AUGAGCCAAAAAUACGGUCAGAAGGACGGAAUCUUCUCCGAAUCUCAGGAGAACGAUGACGUCUAUGAUGACGACGAGUCUACUCCUCUGUACGCGGGAAGCCAAAGAAAGAAAACGGAAGGAUGGGACGUGUUCCAAGACCCUCCCCCACCCGAGGAGGACGACACGAUAAACCCCCAAUGGAUCGAUGUGUCGCUCAAGAUCACGAAAGUGAUUGUCUAUAUCCUGACGGCAACCAUUGUACUCAGCACAUCAAUCAUCGCCAAAGGCGCCAUACUUUUCAUCACAUCCCAUGUCGGGCAAAAAACCGUGCCCGUAUGCCGACAAGGUCUUCCCGUCGAACGCGAUAAGGACUACCAAGCUAUCAUCCCACCUGUGGAACGAAUAGCUUGGGUAUGGUCUCUCUUCCUGGUACUGAUAAUGCCGGAGCUAUUCACGUUGUUCCGAGCGUGUCGCGUUUGUUUCUUCAAAAGCUACCGGCCCCCGAACAAAGACACCUUCAUCAUGGUCCUCGUCAUGGAGUCGUUACACGUGCUGGGCAUGGUGCUCUUGGUGUUCGUCGUUCUACCUGAAAUGGACGUCGUCAAAGCAGCGAUGCUCACAAACUGCAUGUGUUUCAUUCCUGCCCUCUUCGGAAUGUUAUCGCACUAUCCCGGCGAAGAGAAACGCGCCCUCCGUACCCUACUCGAUUUCUUCUGUCUGUGCGCUCAAGCGAUGGGAUUUUUCGUUUGGCCUUUCGUCGUCGAAAGCGAGCAUUCCUGGACUAUUCCCGUCUCUUGUCUGCUGGUAUCCUGUCGCUGGUGGGAAAACUAUGUUGACAAACGAUCGUCGUUUGGCCUCAUCGCUCGAUUCGGAAGAAUGAAAGAUGACUUGCGAAAAUCUCGCUACUUCUCCUACAUCUUUAUCUCGGCCUGGAAAGUGUUGCUCUACUUCAGUCUCAUGCUGUUCGUCAACAUGAUAACGAUGGAGAACGUUGUGGACUUGUUGCGUUCGUUCGCAAAAGCUUUCCGCAGCCACCAGAUCAGCAUCGUGCAGGUUUACCAACGUGUGUUCGACCAGCUGCCGCCGGACAUUCCGACGGCAUCACCUUUGGACGAUGAUAUCUCGCUGUCGACGUUCGAAUGGACUCCGAUUAUCGUGGCCAUGAUCCAGAUUUGCGCGGCGCACAUCUGCUACGUAUCGUCGAAAUUCGCUUGCAAGAUCUGCAUCCAAGGGUUCAGCUUCGCCUUCCCAAUCUCGUUGACCAUACCCGUCUCGAUAUCGCUGCUGAUCGCCUCUUGCGGAAUUCGGUUCGAGGACGUCUGCUUUUUCGACGGCUGGCUCCCCAAAUAUCUCUUCUGGAAGUGCCCGACCGGAGAAUUCUUCCAGGACUUCAUUACGACCCAGAACGCCUGGGUGUGGCUCGUGUGGCUCCUAUCGCAAACCUGGAUCGCUGUUCACAUUUGGACACCGAAAUCGGAACGUUUGUCGUCCACGGAGAAGUUGUUCGUGUGUCCCAUGUACGUGGGGACCCUGAUCGAUCAGUCGCUGGCGUUCAACCGGCGCCGAGACGACGAAGGAGAACUUAAGAGUGACGAGCUCGCACUCGACGGAACCGACGACUACGAGACCAUGUACGAAACCAUAUCCGAGUCAUCGGACAAGGACAAGGACAAAGAGAGGAAAGUCCAGCAAUCGACCGUGAAGGCUUCCGAUCACGUCACGAAAAUCUACGCCUGUGCCACCAUGUGGCACGAGACCACCGACGAAAUGGUCCAACUCUUGAAGUCAAUUAUGAGGAUGGACGAGGAUCAGUGUGCCCGUCGAAUCGCUCAGAAAUAUCUUCGCAUCGUUGAUCCCGAUUACUACGAGUUCGAAGUGCACGUCCUCUUCGACGAUGCUUUCGAAUGGUCAGAUCACAGCGACGAAGACCGUCAAGUGAAUCGAUUCGUGACCACCCUUGUGAAAGUAAUGGAUACAGCAGCCAGCAACGUUCACCAGACUCCAAUCAAGUUGAAGCCGCCGAAAAAAAUCCCCACCCCUUACGGCGGCCGACUCGUGUGGACUAUGCCCGGAAAGAAUAAGUUCGUCGUACACAUGAAGGAUAAGAACAAGAUUCGUCACAGGAAACGCUGGUCGCAGGUUAUGUACAUGUACUACCUGCUCGGACACCGUCUCAUGGAGCUCCCAAUCGACGUUGCCCGCAAAGCUGUUAUGGCGGAGAACACCUACAUUCUCGCCCUGGACGGAGAUAUAAACUUCAGACCUCACGCUGUUCAACUUCUCGUCGAUCUUAUGAAGAAGAAUCGAGGCUUAGGGGCUGCUUGCGGUCGGAUCCAUCCCGUCGGAGCCGGACCUAUGGCUUGGUACCAGAAAUUCGAGUACGCGAUUGGUCAUUGGCUGCAAAAAGCUACCGAGCACAUGAUCGGCUGCGUACUCUGCAGUCCUGGUUGUUUUUCGCUUUUCCGAGCGAAGGCAUUGAUGGACGACAACGUCAUGAAGAAAUACACCACGGAAGCUACCGAAGCUCUGCAUUAUGUUCAGUACGAUCAAGGCGAAGAUCGUUGGCUGUGCACGCUUCUGCUCCAGAGAGGUUACCGAGUAGAAUAUUCAGCUGCUUCCGAUGCCUACACCCAUUGCCCCGAAGGGUUCGGAGAAUUCUACACCCAGAGAAGACGAUGGGCUCCUUCGACGAUGGCUAAUAUUAUGGAUCUGCUCGGUGACUAUAAACGAACCGUCGCUAUAAAUGACAACAUAUCACUCCCCUAUAUCAUUUAUCAAUCCAUGUUGAUGGUUGGUACAGUCCUCGGACCCGGAACUAUAUUCCUCAUGUUGGUGGGAGCUAUGGUCGCCUCCUUCAGGAUAUCGAACUGGGAUUCCUUCUAUUACAACAUUAUCCCAAUCCUCUUCUUCAUGAUCAUCUGUUUCACAACUAAGAAUGACAUACAGAUCCUGGUGGCGCAAAUACUAUCCGCUGGAUACGCACUCCUGAUGAUGGCAGUCCUGGUGGGAACGGCGAUACAAAUUGCAGAGGACGGGGCUGGAUCACCCUCCGCAAUAUUCCUCUUGUCCUUAUCAGGGUCGAUGGUAGUGGCAGCAUUGAUGCAUCCUCAGGAAUUCUCAUGCGUGAUACCUGGAUUUAUCUAUCUGAUGUCGAUCCCGUCGAUGUACUUGCUGCUGAUCCUGUAUUCCCUCAUCAACUUGAACGUAGUUGCUUGGGGAACCCGAGAAACCAUCCAGAAGAAGACUCAGAAGGAACUGGAGGAAGAGAGGAAAGCUCUCGAAGAGGAAAUGAAGCUGAAGAAGAACCGAAAACUACUCGGGCUCUUCGACCUCAACGAUGACGAGGGCGGCGUUUUCGGAAUCUCGAAUCUCUUCACCUGUAUGAUCUGUUCGAAUCCCCGAAACCAAGAAGAAAAAUUACAACUAGCCAGCAUAGGCGAAUCGCUGCACACGUUCGGGAAAAAGCUCCAUAACCUGGAGCGUCAGCUGGAGCAUAUACACGGUAUUGUUCCUUUCGACCGGCGAAAGUCGUCGAGACCAGGCCGGAGCGCGAGCCGUGCUACCGACCAUGGACUCAGCGUUGUCAACGAAUCAGAUGGAGAGCUCUCAGACGUCUCCGAUCAUUCCGACACCGAUUCGACGAGGACAGAUAUGCGGCCGAAGCGAGACGAUCUGAGAAAUCCGUACUGGAUCGAAGACGAAGGCUUGAAACACGGCGAAGUUGAAGCUCUUUCCGAUCAGGAGACCACGUUCUGGAAAGACAUGAUAAAGAAAUAUCUCUACCCCAUCGACGAGAACAAGGAGCAACAGGCUCGCAUCGCCCGCGAUCUCAUAGAACUGCGGAACAAAGUCGUGUUCGCCUUCAUAAUGUUCAACGCUCUGUUCAUCCUGAUCGUGUUCCUUCUGCAGCUGAACAAGAAACAGCUGCAUAUCAAUUGGCCUCUAGGAGUCAAAACGAACAUCACAUUCAUCCCCGACACUUCGCAAGUCAUCAUCGAGAAGGAGUAUCUCCAACUGGAACCGAUCGGACUGAUAUUCGUCAUUUUCUUCGGAAUCAUCACCCUCGUCCAGUUCAUGGGCAUGUGCUUCCACCGAUUCGAGACCCUAUCGCACAUGCUCGCCUCGAUCGAGCUCACCUGCUUCAGCCCGAAGGUCGAAGACGCAUCAGGAGAUGCUUUCAUCGACAAGAACGGAGUGCAGAUCGCUAAGCAGCUGCAGAAACUGAGAGGCAUUGACGACGAGUCCGACGGAUACAAGAACGGCAGUGACAACUGCCUGGCGCGUCGGAAAACGAUUCAGAACCUCGAGAAGCGACGCAACCAGCGGACAAAGACAGGAACAUUGGACGUCGCCUUCCAGAAACGGUUCCUCAGCAUAUCGGCCGAGCAGCAGAAUAAUGGGAGCAUCGGAGGUCCGAUGCUCAACAACUUGAGACGAAUUAGCAGAAAUCGGGACACGUUGCGAGCCCUGGAAAUUCGUAAGAACACCGUGUUGGCCCACAACCGUUCGAAGAUGGAGACGCUCGGAGCCAACAACACAUACGCGCCCAGCUCUCGAGGAGCGCCCAGGUACCGAGAGAAAGCUGAAAAUCUGUUCGGAAACGGCGCCGAAAGGGUCAACCACGCUUACGAGAUUGGCGAUGAAGAAGUCGGCAUGCAAAUCUACGGAGAAACUGGAAGACGGCGCGAGAGUCUCUACGGAGACGUCGAUGACGGCAAAGUGUAGCAGAAUUGGGAGUGAGAGUAGGAUGGCUGUUCGGCUGGCUGGUGAGCUUGCGACGACGAAUACGACUGCCGAGAAGGAGAGGAGGACAAGAUAUCCUGCAUACGUUUCACUAGAGCUUGUCCUCCAUCCGACUAUGCUGCACAAUAACAUUGGGGAGAAGCUCCGCCAGCCACACUACUCGAGGAGAAACGCCCAAAUCAGCCAACAUUUUUCUCUGUAGCUGAGAAGGAAACAAGGCAAAGAUCAAAUGGAUAAUACACGAUUUGAUCGGGAAUUCACGAUGAUUUUCGAA